AUGUUUAUUUUAAAGUCGAAUUACAAUAGAUGCGCUAUUGCAACUAUAAAACAAUGGUCGUUAUAUUUGAAACUUGAAAAUAAAUUACUUGUGAAAUCCCGUAAUGCUGUCAUAACAUCAAUAAAUUAUCGUAAUGCCAGUAAAACAGCCAAAUCGGAAAAGACCCCACAACAACUACCAACAACUGUGGGUGGUGGUUCAAGUGCGACCUACGUGGAGGAUAUGUAUCGUGCCUGGCAACGUGAUCCAACGUGUGUUCAUACGUCAUGGGAUUCGUAUUUCCGUUCAGGUGUUUACGAACCCGUACCCGCCGAAUCACAUCCUCAACGUAAUACCAUGACAAUAUCCCAAUUUUGUAGCGGUGGUGGUUCGCUACAAAAAGCAAUAGACGAUCAUAUUUUGGUUCAUGACAUUAUUCGUAGCUAUCAAACUCGUGGCUUUUUGGCAGCAAAUUUAGACCCGUUGGGUAUUAUAACGCAUAAUAAGACCCUAACCAAAUGUGGAAUGCAAUUGAAUGCCAAUGAAAAUGUUUUCAUUAAGGCUGAUUUUUUUAAAGAAAACCGAAAUCUCGACCAGACCUUUAAAUUAGCCGGAGCUAGUACAUUUAUAGGUGGCGAUGAACAGGAAUUGAGUUUUCGUGAAAUUAUCAAACGUUUAGAAAAUAUAUAUUGUGAUACGAUGGGUAUUGAAUAUAUGUAUAUAUUUUGUCCCAAGAAACGUAAUUGGAUACGAGAACGUAUUGAGAAACCCGGGCAGCUACAAAUGUCUGCGGAAAAGAAGAAAUUGAUAUUAUCACGUCUUAUCAGGGCCACAGCUUUUGAAAAUUUCUUAGCCAAAAAAUGGUCAUCGGAAAAACGUUUCGGCUUGGAAGGUUGUGAAGUUUUAAUUCCAUGUCUAAAGGAAGUUAUUGAUCGCUCAUCGGCAUUGGGUGUGGAAUCGUUUAUUAUAGGUUUAGCACAUCGUGGCCGCCUGAAUACUUUGGCGAAUAUUUGUCGUAAACCGUUGCAUCAAAUUUUUGCACAAUUUCGUGUACUGGAGGCGGAGGAUUCGGGUUCCGGUGAUGUCAAAUAUCACUUGGGUACUUACGUGGAACGUUUAAAUCGUGUUACGAAUAAAAAUGUACGCAUCGCCUUAGUGGCAAACCCCUCUCAUUUGGAAGCUGUCAAUCCGAUUGUGAUGGGUAAAACCCGUGCCGAACAAUUUUACAAAGGCGACUCCGAGGGCCGUAAAGUAAUGUCCAUUUUAAUACACGGUGAUGCCGCAUUUUGUGGCCAAGGAGUGGUAUAUGAAAGUAUACAUUUAUCCGACUUACCAUCGUAUACAAAUCAUGGAACAAUUCAUAUUGUGAUUAAUAAUCAAGUUGGCUUUACAACCGAUCCACGUUUUCAUCGUUCAUCCCCAUUUUGUACAGAUGUGGCUAGAGUGGUAAAUGCUCCCAUUUUACAUGUGAAUGCUGAUGAUCCGGAAGCGGCAGUUUUUCUUAGUGGCUUAGCAUCGGAAUGGCGUGCAACAUGGCGUAAUGAUAUUGUUUUAGAUUUAGUCGGAUACCGGCGGAAUGGUCACAAUGAAGCCGAUGAACCUAUGUUCACCCAACCGUUAAUGUAUCAAAAGAUACGAAAACAUAAACCGGUUCUUGAGCUGUAUUCGGAAAAAUUGAUAAAGGAAAAAAUCAUAUCGAGCGAGGAGUUGAAAGCACUUGUUAAGGAAUAUGAUAAUAUUUUGGAAGAGGGAUUUAAAGAAGCCGACAAAGAGCAACGUAUUAGUUAUAAAGAUUGGAUUGAUUCUCCCUGGUCCGGAUUCUUUGAUGGCAAGGAUCGUAUGCAAAUGCCUUCAACCGGGGUCAAGGAAGAAGUUCUUCUACAUAUUGCCCAGAAAUUCUCUUCACCACCACCCGUGGAAGCCCAGUUUGUUAUACACAAAGGUAUAGAACGUAUCCUGCAGGGGCGACAGCAAAUGCUAAAAGAUCGUUUGGCCGAUUGGGCAUUGGGUGAAGCAUUGGCCUAUGGUACCCUACUCAAGGAGGGUGUUCACGUUCGGCUAUCAGGUGAAGACGUUGAACGUGGCACAUUUUCACAUCGUCACCAUGUUUUAUGGCAUCAAAACAUUGACAAACUGAAUUACAAUGUUUUGGCAAAUCUCUAUCCCGAUCAGGCCACCUAUAGCGUAUCGAAUAGCAGUCUCAGCGAAUAUGCUGUAUUGGGAUUUGAACAUGGCUAUUCGAUGAGUAAUCCAAAUGCACUAGUUAUGUGGGAAGCACAAUUUGGUGAUUUCAGUAAUACCGGUCAAGCGAUAUUCGAUCAAUUUAUAUCUUGCGGCGAAAUGAAAUGGGUACGACAAUCAGGUUUGGUUAUCCUCCUGCCACACGGUAUGGAAGGCAUGGGCCCAGAACAUUCAUCGUGUCGUCUUGAACGUUUCCUACAAAUGUGUCAUGAUGAUCCGGAUACUUUGCCGCCAUGCGAUUGUGAAGAUGUUGCUUUACAUCAACUGAAUGCGACAAAUUGGAUUGUGGCCAAUUGUACAACACCGGCAAAUUUAUUUCAUAUCUUGAGGCGACAAAUUGCACUGCCAUUUCGUAAGCCGCUGAUCUUGUGUACACCCAAAUCGGGAUUAAGACAUCCCUUGGCAAAAAGUCCUUUCUGUGAUAUGGCAGAAUGUACAGAAUUUAAACGUAUUAUAACGGAUGAUGGUCCAGCUGCGGAAAAUCCAGAUUGUGUUAAAAAAUUGGUAUUUUGUUCGGGUAGAGUUUAUUUUGAUCUAUUUAAGGCCAGAUCGGAUAAGAAGGCAGAAAAGGAAAUCUGUUUGAUACGUGUGGAACAGAUUUGUCCCUUCCCCUUUGACUUGGUUAGAGAGGAAAUUCUGAAAUAUAAAAAUGCUGACAUUUUGUGGGCCCAAGAAGAGCACAAAAAUCAAGGUGCCUGGACAUAUGUCCAAUCACGUUUCCAAACCGCUUUAGCUGAGGAUGAAGACCUACAAAUUCAGUAUCAUGGUCGUCCCACUGCCGCUGCACCAUCGACAGGCAAUAAAAAACAACAUGAACGCGAAUUGCAUGAUUUUCUAGUUAGCAUAUUUGGUGAACUGACCGAAGCCGAAAAGGAAGUACUGAAGAAAGAGGAGGAAGCAAGAUUGGCAAAGGCCAAGGCCGAUGCGGAACAACGAGCUAAGGCAGCAAAAUCAAAAAAGGCAACUGAAAAUUCUAACAAUGACAACAAGUCUGAUUCAAAACCACCAACAAAUUCAAAUAAACCAAAUGAUGACAAAAAAUAA